CUUCAGGAAAGCGCUGCCCCGGCCACCCACGCUGGCCUAUGCAGUGGCUCCGAGCAUGUUUUCUGCCGGGCGGGGGCUCGGCCGUGGGGGAUGCGGAGGUGAAACUACACUUCCCAGCCUGCACCGCGAGGCUCGCGCAGCCCCGCGUUAAAGAGCCCGCUCCGCCGAGCGCCGGGCGACGGCAGAGAUGGGGUUUGCCAUGUUGCUCAGGCUGGUCUCAAACUCCUGUUCUCAAGCCAUCCGCCUGCCUUGGCCUCCCAAAGUGCUGGAAUUACAGGUGUGAGCCACUGCGUCUGGCCUCUUGCUGUCUUUCAGUGCCUUUGCUUGGUACCAGAUAUCAUUAUCACUAUCAUCUGAAUAAGGAUCCAAAAGACCCAGGAAGCCCCUCCGCUUGGCCAGAAUGGAGCAGCCAAAGGGAGUUGAUUGGACAGUCAUCAUCCUGACCUGCCAGUACAAGGACAGUGUCCAGGUCUUUCAGAGAGAACUGGAAGUGCGGCAGAAGAGGGAGCAGAUCCCUGCUGGGACGCUGUUACUGGCUGUGGAGGACCCAGAGAAGCGUGUGGGCAGUGGAGGAGCCACCCUCAACGCCCUGCUGGUGGCUGCUGAACACCUGAGUGCCCGGGCAGGCUUCACUGUGGUCACAUCCGAUGUCCUGCACUCAGCCUGGAUCCUCAUUCUGCACAUGGGUCGAGACUUCCCCUUUGAUGACUGUGGCAGGGCCUUCACCUGCCUCCCUGUGGAGAACCCCGAGGCCCCCGUGGAAGCCUUGGUCUGCAACCUGGACUGCCUGCUGGACAUCAUGACCUAUCGGCUGGGCCCGGGCUCCCCACCAGGCGUGUGGGUCUGCAGCACCGACAUGCUGCUGUCUGUUCCUGCAAAUCCCGGGAUCAGCUGGGACAGCUUCCAGGGAGCCAGAGUGAUCGCCCUCCCAGGGAGCCCGGCCUACGCUCGGAAGCAUGGCGUCUACCUCACUGACCCCCAGGGCCUCGUUUUGGACAUUUACUACCAGGGCACUGAGGCAGAGAUUCAGCGGUGUGUCAGGCCUGAUGGGCGGGUGCCACUGGUCUCUGGGGUUGUCUUCUUCUCUGUGGAGACUGCUGAGCGCCUCCUAGCCACCCACGUGAGCCCGCCCCUGGAUGCCUGCACCUACCUAGGCUUGGACUCUGGAGCCCAGCCUGUCCAGCUGUGCUUCUUCCCCUUCCCCCAGCUGUCUCUGUUUUUUGACAUUCUGCACUGCAUGGCUGAGAACGUGACCAGGGAGGACUUCCUGGUGGGGAGGCCCCCAGAGUUGGGGCAAGGUGAUGCAGAUGUAGCAGGUUAUCUGCAGAGCGCCCGGGCCCAGCUGUGGAGGGAGCUUCGCGAUCAGCCCCUUACCAUGGCCUAUGUCUCCAACGGCAGCUACAGCUACAUGACCUCCUCAGCCAGUGAGUUCCUGCACAGCCUCACACUCCCCGGGGCUCCUGGGGCCCAGAUCGUGCACUCCCAGGUGGAGGAGCAGCAGCUCCUGGUGGCCGGGAGCUCUGUGGUCAGCUGCCUGCUGGAGGGCCCUGUCCGGCUGGGUCCUGGGAGCGUCCUGCAGCACUGCCACCUGCGGGGCCCCAUUCACAUAGGCGCUGGCUGCUUGGUGAGUGGCCUGGAUACAGCCCACUCCGAGGCCCUGCAUGGCCGGGAGCUGCAUGACCUUGUCCUGCAGGGACACUAUAUGAGGCUACACGGCUCCCCGGGCCACGUCUUCACCCUCGUUGGCCGUCUCGACAGCUGGGAGAGACAGGGGGCAGGCACAUAUCUCAACGUACCCUGGAAUGAAUUCUUCAAGAGAACAGGUGUUCGAGCCUGGGACCUGUGGGACCCCGACAUGCUGCCCGCAGAGUACUGCCUUCCCAGCGCCCGCCUCUUUCCUGUGCUCCACCCCUCGAGGGACCUGGGACCCCAGGACCUGCUGUGGAUGCUGGACCACCAGGAGGAUGGGGGCGAGGCCCUGCGAGCCUGGCGAGCCUCCUGGCGCCUGUCCUGGGAGCAGCUGCAGCCGUGCCUGGAUCGGGCUGCCACGCUGGCCUCUCGCCGGGACCUGUUCUUCCGCCAGGCCCUGCAUAAGGCGCGGCACGUGCUGGAGGCCCGGCAGGACCUCAGCCUGCGCCCGCUGAUCUGGGCUGCUGUCCGCGAGGGCUGCCCCGGGCCCCUGCUGGCCACGCUGGACCAGGUUGCAGCUGGGGCAGGAGACCCUGGCGUGGCGGCACGGGCACUGGCCUGUGUGGCGGACGUCCUGGGCUGCAUGGCAGAGGGCCGUGGGGGCUUGCGUAGCGGGCCAGCUGCCAACCCUGAGUGGAUGCGGCCCUUCUCAUACCUGGAGUGUGGAGACCUGGCAGCGGGCGUGGAGGCGCUUGCCCAGGAGAGGGACAAGUGGCUAAGCAGGCCAGCCUUGCUGGUGCGAGCGGCCCGCCACUACGAGGGGGCUGGGCAGAUCCUGAUCCGCCAGGCUGUGAUGUCAGCCCAGCACUUCGUUGCCACGGAGCAGGUGGAACUGCCGGGACCUGGGCAAUGGGUGGUGGCUGAGUGCCCGGCCCGUGUGGAUUUCUCUGGGGGCUGGAGUGACACGCCACCCCUUGCCUAUGAGCUUGGCGGGGCUGUGCUGGGCCUGGCUGUGCGAGUGGACGGCCGCCGGCCCAUCGGAGCCAGGGCACGCCGCAUCCCGGAGCCUGAGCUGUGGCUGGCGGUGGGACCUCGGCAGGACGAGAUGACUGUGAAGAUAGUGUGCCGGUGCCUGGCUGACCUGCGGGACUACUGCCAGCCUCAUGCCCCAGGGGCCCUGCUGAAGGCGGCCUUCAUCUGCGCGGGGAUCGUGCAUGUCCACUCGGAACUCCAGCUGAGUGAGCAGCUGCUCCGCACCUUUGGGGGCGGCUUUGAGCUGCACACCUGGUCUGAGCUGCCCCACGGCUCUGGCCUGGGCACCAGCAGCAUCCUGGCAGGCACUGCCCUGGCUGCCUUGCAGCGAGCCGCAGGCCGGGUGGUGGGCACAGAAGCCCUGAUCCACGCAGUACUGCACCUGGAGCAGGUGCUCACCACUGGUCCACCUCAGGGUGUCGGGCCCCGUCUCCAGCACACCCCUGGAAGGAAACUGCUGCAAAGGCCUGCAAAGGCCUACUGAAGCCUGACUGUGGUGUUUUCCGUCACUCUGCAGCUCAAGCCUCUCAUUUCACUGUAGUGACUCAUAUCACAUAAUCGGUAGUCAUUAGCAAAAGAAGCAGAUGUGGAAGCAUUUUCAGUUUUCUUUUGAGGUGUACCAUUCAAGUUCUGCAUUUGGCCAAUGGACAACUAUUUGUUGAGAACCCACUCUGUGGGGCCCCAGGGAUAAAAUGAGCAAAAAUAGGGUCCCUGCCCUCAAAAGCCCUGUGGUCUCCUGGAGACAGUCAUUAAUCAAUAACCACUCAGGUGCAUGUAUAUUACAAACUGUGCCAAGUGCUUUGAAGCAGAGGGGCACAGUUAAGUCUUAACAUUUCAAGACUUAGCCACUUUGCAGCCACCAGGUUUUGGCUGCAAAGUUCCAGAUGGCUCCUGUCUUUUGCAUUUCAUACUUUAAAUCCUUGCAGGCCCUUCCCUAAAUAUCAAGGGACUGUCCCAGAAGCAACUCAAGUUUUGUUAUUUUUAAUUUUUUUUUUAUUUUUGAGAUGGAGUCUAGCUCUGUCACCCAGAUUGGAGUGCAGUGGCACGAUCUCAGCUCACUGCAACCUCUACCUCCUGGGUUCAAGCGAUUCUCCUGCCUCAGCCUCCUGAGUAGCUGGGAUUACAUGUGCCUGCCACCAUGCCCAGCUAAUUUUUUGUAUUUUUAGUAGAGAUAGGGUUUCACUGUGUUGGCCAGGCUGGUCUUGAACUCCGGACCUCGUGAUCCGCCCACCUUGGCCUCCCAAAGUGCUGGGAUUACAAGCGUGAGCCACCAUGCCUGGACUAGUUUUGUUAUUUUUAUGCAGCUACAAGGAGGAAAAUGAUACAUACCUUUCAUUACUGAAGAUGGAAAGAUGUCUAAGUUAGAUAAGAGAAAAACAGAUCCUGAUGACCUUCCUUCCAACAUAAACCACCUGUCAGAAGACGGUGCAGGGAGACUCAGGCUACAGGGAAGGUGUCUGUCAGCCUCUUCUCUGACUAAAACUCCCCUAGGAGGGGCAGAGGUCAGUAUAAAAUAUGUAUUUUUUGAGACAGAGUCUCACACUGUCACCCAGGCUGGAGUGCAGUGGUGCGAUCUCAGCUCACUGCAACCUCUGCCUCAGCCUCCCCAGAAGCUGGGAUUACAGGGCACGCACCACCAUGCCUGGCUAAUUUUUGUAUUUUUGGUAGAGAUUGGAUUUCACCAUGUUGGCCAGGUUGGUCUCAAACUCCUGACCUCAAAUGAUCUGCCCGCCGCCACCGCGCCCGGCCAUAGUGUAAAAUCUUUAUCCUGCAAUGUGGUUUAUCCCAAUUCCAAUUAUACAUUAGGUCUAAAACAAAACUCAGGCCUUGGGAAUUCCAAGCUUUGCCCUAGAGUGAAGCCCAUUCCGUUGCUGGGAUUAUCCUGGGGACAGAAGCUGCAUAGCUCACUGUCCUGUGGAGUUGAGGGAAGCUAUCUUUCCACACUGGUCCCAGCAAGGGGUGCAGGGCCGGGAGCCUAGGCUGGGAGAGUGAAGCUGGGCCAGAUAGACUCCAACAGUGACAGGCCCUGGGCUCACAGGAGGUGGCUGGCAGGACCAAGUGGGUGGCCUAA